CAAGGGGGGGCGGCACUCAAAGAGUCCUAUGAAUGGAUCCUCCGCCAUCCUCAGUUCCUGUGUUGGCGACACAGUAACGACAGCCAGGUUCUUUGGGUCAAGGGGGAUCCUGGUAAAGGCAAGACGAUGCUACUCUGUGGCAUCAUCGAUGAGCUUUGUCCGACCACGAAACUGGCAGAUCCUCGAGCUAAAAGCCUCCUAUCGUUUUUUUUCUGCCAAGCUACAGUCCCGAAGCUCAGUAAUGCCUAUGCUGUCCUGCGCGGACUGAUCUAUAUACUCGUGGACACGCAACCGUCUUUGCUAUCCCAUGUGCAGAAAAGAUUUAAGGCUACCGGGGAACCGGGAUUCCGAGAAGCGGGAGCAUGGACUGUAUUGUGCAAUAUGUUCUUGGAUAUCCUGCGUGAGUCGAGUCUGGAAACGAUCUAUGUUGUGGUUGACGCUCUUGACGAAUGCGUGCAGGACCAAGACAAGCUCUUGCAAUUCAUCCUCAAGGAGACGAAAGACUUCCCGCGCGUCAAAUGGAUUAUUUCUAGCCGGAACCACGUUCAGCAGCGUGAAAUACUAGUGGAGUCGCAACUCAUACUAUGCCUAGAACUACAAGAUAACGCAGAGUACGUGUCUAGGGCCAUCGAGGCCUACAUUUGCGACCGGAUGUCGACGCUUGAAUCCUUACAAGACAACCCAGACCGGGAAUAUGUUCGACAGGCCCUUGAGAAGAAAGCCGAAGGAACGUUUCUCUGGGUGGCUCUUGUCGUCCAGGAACUCCAGGACGUUGAUAGCUGGGAUGUGAGGCAGGUGGUUGAUGAUGUACCAAAAGGAUUAGAUGAUUUGUAUGCACGGAUGAUAAACCAUAUCAACAAACUCGUAGCGCAAAGCAGGGAAUACUGUCAACUGGUCCUCUCAGCUGCCACCCUGGCCUAUCGGCCGCUUCAGUUACUAGAGCUAGGGGUGGUGUCUGAACUUCCAGACAAGAUCGCCGGAAACGCCAAGAAUAUCGAGACGAUCGUGAAGAGAAGUGGUUCUUUCCUCACAGUUCGCCACAAGACGGUUUAUUUUGUGCAUCAGUCUGCCAGGGACUUUCUGAUCGAAAAGGGCGGGCAGAGCAUCUUCUCGGCUGGCCCUGCGGUUGCCCAUCGCCGAAUGUUCACUCUAUCACUGCAGACCAUGAACAUGGUAUUACGGCGCGAUAUGUACAGCCUCGGGGCCCUAGGUACCCCUAUCAACCAGGCCAAGCAGCUCGAGCCAGAUCCGCUGAUUGCAGUGGGCUACUCAUGUGUCUACUGGGUGGACCAUCUAGAACAAGCUGGAUCACACGAUGAGCUACAGGACGAUGGCAGUGUCGACACAUUCCUCCGAACCCGAUAUCUCUACUGGCUCGAGGCGCUGAGUCUUUUUCGAAGCGUGACAGAUGGAGUCCUGUCGAUACAAAAGCUUAGGCGGCUGCUAUGGAAGGGAUCAGGAGGACCCCGACUAAGCGAUCUGGUCCAAGACGCGUACCGCUUUAUUUUAUAUCACCGAGCAGCAAUCGAGAACAGUCCCCUCAUGGAACUGGGAUGA